GCGAAAGCGCGCAUGUACAGCACUAGCAGGGUCCACUGGAGGAGCGUGACGAUACCAGUUGCUAGGACGUUGAAGGCCGAAGUGUCUUUCUGCUUAUAAGGGGAGUUCCGGGUAGAAGUAAGUUCUCUUUUCACCUGCACUCCUCCUUCGACAGCAAUGGACAAGCGGGCAUGGUUGUAGACUGGCUAUUCGCCUUUACCCCACUCCGGGACCGCCCCGUGUCUUCCCAGUCGGCCCGAUGGCAGCGGUUGGAGUGGCGAGCGCAUUGCGCAGGUGUGCUGGCUGUCGCAAAUUACAGGGUCUGCUGGUGACCGGGAGUCAGUGCAGGAAUAUGCAGACCACUGGCUGUCUUUAUGCAAAGAAAAGCUUAUUGAAGAAAUUCCUCUCCAAAACAAAGAAGAAGUUUUGGUAUGAAAGCCCUACACUGGGAUCACAACUGUUUUACAAGCCCUCCAGUUUGGAGAAUGUAUUGAAACCUCAACGCAAGGUGCAGAAGGAGGACACUAUCCGAAUGAGAACACUCAAUAAUGUUCUUUAUAAAGCAAUCACAGAGCUGUUGAACAGUAAUGAAGUCAGUCCAGAAGUAUAUGACCACAAAGUUGAGAUAUCCAAAGUUCUUUUGACUGUGAAUUUUUCGGCAUGUCGAGCUUACUGGGUGGCAAGUGGUUCCAUGGCAAAAGAUGAUCAUGUUCAGCAAGUCUUGGAUAAAUAUUCCCCACGUGUAAGACACCUACUUAUUACUCAGCAAGUCAUGGGCAACGUUCCUCCAGUGGUCUUUGUUAAAGACCAACAGCAAACAGCAGUAGCUGAGGUAGAAAGAUUGUUAGAAAUUGCUGAUUAUGGCUCUGAAGAAGAGACUGCAGAUACUGGGCAAGUUUGGAACCCAAAGCAUUUUAGACAAGUUCCUCCAGACUCUACCUGGAAACCUACUUCUCAAGAAUCUAUAUCAGUCUCAUCUGAUCUGCCUCCAUCAUCUCCUGAGGUGGAUCUUUUUGGUAUUGACCAUGACUUACUGAACAGACAAAUAUUGGAAUACAAAAAGAAAAGUAAUGGAAACUUAUUGGAAACAAAUAGUUUUAUGUUACCAGAACAGUGCCAGGAGCAACUAGCUUACCUUAAAAAACUAAAGAGAAUAAAGAAGAAAAAAUCCAAGUACAAGCUUGAUGAUAUCACACCUGAGAUGUACUUGUUAGAAAAGUAUAACAUGGACUCUACAAUGGCUGACACAUUGUCAGACAGAGAAGAGGAACUGAAGGAAAUGAAUGAGGAAGUGAAGGAACUCGAGGUGGAGGAAGAAGAUCCAAAAAAUCACUUGAAAUCUCUAAAAGACAUAUAGUUAUUAAAGUGUGUACUUGUCUCUCAAUCUUUACAAUUUGUAAUUAAAUUUGUUCUGUAGUGCUGAGCCACUGAACUUUAUUUAAAUAAACCACAAAAUGUAA